AUGGAAGCAGUUUGCUCAGUUUGUCGUGAAAGAAAUACAAAGUAUACAUGCAUGAUAUGCGCUGUUUUUGUUUGCAAUAUUUGUGCAACUCCGGAAAAAACUGGCGACUUAUCUUAUAGUGAGGAAAUUAAGAGAAUUGCCUUAUGUUCAAAGUGUUCAACAACUUGGAAGUCGGAGCUCGCUGAGUAUUCACUUAGCGAAUGGCUAUUUUAUGACAUUGAUUCAAAUGAAAGAGUAAAAAACUUAAAAUGCAAGAUUUGUACAGAGUUUAAUGAUACAAUAAAAACUAUGCCAUACUAUACGAAUACAUUCAUAGUUGGAUCAGCAAACUAUAGAAAAUCGAAUAUUCUUGAUCAUUGUAAGUCUCAACCGCACUUAAAAGCAUACACUCUUUUUCUUAAAAAAUCUAAUAAUUUUCAAAAUGCAUCUAAACCUUUAUUGCCCUGUAAAAAUAACGCAACAAUCACUGAUGGUUUGAAAAAAAUGAAAAAAAGCGACCUUGAAAAAACCCUUAAAAAAUUUCAACUUUCUUUCUUUAUAGCAAAACAACAGUUACCUCUUUCAAAGUUUGUUCCAAUUGUUAAAUUAGUUGAGCUUUUCGGUGUGAAUAUGGGCGAAUCCUAUAUUUCAGAUCGCCAAUGCGUUGUAUUUAUUGACUAUAUUGCAAGAAGUCUGCAAAAUUCGUUACACGAUAGCCUUAGAAAUGCUAAAUUUUAUAGUGUAUUGUGUGAUGGUUCAACAGACAGUUCGGUAAUUGAAAAUGAAGUGGUGUAUGCAUUAUAUUUUGAUCCACAGCCAGUUGGGUCGGAUGCGGUUGAAAUCAGGACUUCGUUUUUAGAUAUAAAAUAUUUAGAAUCUGGAAAAGCCCAAGGUGUUGUAAAAGUUUUAGAAGAAUGCUUUGUAAAUUUGCUAACACCUAUUAAAUGCAUUGGUUUUCCUUCAGAUGGGGCUGCACUAAAUAGAGGCGAUCAAAGUAGUGUGAAAACCAUUCUACGCGAAAAAAGUCCGUGGCUUGUGUUUGUUUGGUGUGUUGCACACCGCUUAGAUUUAGCAAUUGCAGAUGCUUUAAAAGAUACAGAAUUCGAUCUUGUAGAUGAAAUUAUAUUACGAAGUUAUUGCCUGUACCAAAAAGCACCAAAAAAGCUCCGACAGCUUCGCGAGUUAUAUACUGUUUUAAAAGACGAGAUGGAUACGCUUGAUGAAAGUUGCAAGCCUAAAAAAGCAUCUGGAACACGAUGGAUUUCUUAUAAAGUUAAUGCCAUGAAGUCUUUCCUUGACAAAUGGGGUUUAUACAUUACCCAUCUUGAACAAUUAGCUGAAGACCCAUUGAUUUUAGCUCCUGACAAAGCUAAAAUGAAAGGGUAUCUCCUAAAAUGGAAAAAAGGAAAAAUACCACUUCUAUUUGCAUUUUUUAUCGAUUUACUCGAAAUUCCCUCAAUACUUUCAAUGUCUUUUCAGGAUGAUCAAGUUGAUCACGUUCAAGUAAUGAAAUGUCUUACAAAAGCAAAGGAAAGAUGGUAUUUAACAGUAGUCAGGGACUGCAUUAUACAACGUGUAGAAAACGAAAAAGAAAGUACUCUUAUUUUAAAGUAUGCAUCCCAAGUAUUAAAUUGCAACGGCUGGCUUCGGGAGGUUAUAGCUGAAAACGGAAUCAUAACGCGAAAUUUAGAUUUUGCCGAUGAAGCUUUAAAUUAUAUAUGCAAACACUUUCAAGAGCCUUUACGCUCUGCUGCUGUUGUUUUUCCAGACAUCUUAACUCAAUGGAAAGAAAUGCUAAGUUAUGCUCAAGAGUUUUUAUCCCCAGUUGAAACGCAAUACCGAAUUACCUGGCGACGCAUAUUUGUAUCACCUAGAAGUAAAUCAUGGACCUCUAUUUUAACAGUUGCUGAGCUAUUGUUUACUUUGCCAAUUUCUAACGCUAAGCUGGAAAGAAUGUUUUCAAAGAUGAAAAGUGUCAAAUCAAAUUAUCGCACCUCAUUGACAGAAUCUUGUGUUUCAAAUAUUUUGCGCAUUUUGGAAGAUGGUCCAUUGCUGAAAGAAUUCAAUUUUCUUCCAGCAAUUGAAUUGUGGUGGAGUGAUAAAGGAGGACGCCCAAACCAAAAACCAACGGGAAUUUAUAAAGAUCGGGUAAACAAAAAAAGAACAAUUACUUCCCUUAGCGACAGUGAAAAUGAUAGUGGAGAGGAUCUUGUGAAAUCUCUUUUUGAUGACAAUUAA